UGACGUCAUCGACGUCAAACGGGACUGUUUGUUCUGGAUUUGGGGCGAGGAAGGUCUGCGAGCGCUGACAACCGACUGAAGAAGAGCGUCAAGUGAGGAGUGUAAUGGCCUGAGGGGGGUUCCCCCGGUCCCACCUGCCCCUGCCAGGUCCAAUCUGCCUAAACUGUCUGCUCAGCCACUGCAACCCACCACAGCGAUGGGAGACGGACUGGAGGCAGGCAGCAGCCAUAACCCUCCCUCGGCCCCAGCGCCUCUCCCCUUCAACCCUCCACCCCCUGAAACAUGGAACCCCUCCAGACCCAAACGACAGACCAACCAGCUACAGUUCCUGCUUAAAGAGGUGUUGAAGACGUUAUGGAAACAUCACUUUGCAUGGCCCUUCCAAGCUCCUGUAGAUGCCAUCAAACUCGGUUUGCCUGACUACUAUAAGAUCAUCAAGAUCCCUAUGGACAUGGGCACGAUAAAAAAACGUCUGGAGAACAACUAUUACUGGAAUGCCCAGGAGUGUAUCCAAGACUUCAACACAAUGUUCACAAACUGCUACAUCUACAACAAGCCUGGGGAUGAUAUUGUCCUAAUGGCAGAAGCUUUGGAAAAGGUAUUUCUCCACAAGAUCACAGAGAUGCCGCAGGAAGAGACUGAGAUUGCUGUUGUCACCAAGGGACGCCGAGGGGGCAGACGGGAGCCAGCUCUGUUCACUAAGUCAGAUUCAGGCCAAGACUCAUCGUCCCCCUCCACCACCCCACACACACGAGGCUUCUCAUCCCCUGCAACUACCCCGCAGACCCGUACGAUACCCGCCCCUCAAGGCCCUCCCACCCUAACCCAGUCUCUGCCCCAGACCCAGCCUCUGUCCCUGCCCCUGCCCCUGGCCCUGCCCCUGCCCCUGGCCCAAUCUCAACCCCCCCGCGUGCCUCCUACACCCACCUCCCACACACCCCAUUUGGGACCUCUGUUCCCCCUCUCAACACCCGACGUCUUGGCCCAGGGCAUGACCUCUGUUCCCCUUCCAGCCCAGACACACCCGGGCCUCCAUCCUGCCCCGAUGCUGCAGAGCUCCCCUGCCCUCAUCAAGCAAAGGAAGAGCCAGAAGAGGAAAGCAGACACCACCACACCCACCGCCAACGACCAGCUCAGUGAAUCAUCGCCUGUCUCUGCUGAGACUCGGCCACGGCGAGAGAGCAGUCGCCCAUCUAAGCAACCCAAAAAAGACGCAUUGCAGCCUGACUCUCAGCACCACCUGGGAGGCGGUUUGGAGACUGGAGGGACAGGUACACAGAAGCGUCAGGAACAGUUGCGUUCCUGCGCACGCCUCGUCAGAGAGAUGCUGUCUAAGAAACAUGUAGCAUAUGCCUGGCCCUUCUACAAGCCUGUUGAUGUAAAAGCUCUUGGCCUGCACGACUACCACGACAUCAUCAAGCACCCCAUGGAUCUCAGCACCAUCAAGAAAAAGCUGGACAACAGACAAUACAGAGACGCGCAAGAAUUUGCAGCGGACGUCCGGUUGAUGUUCUCCAACUGUUAUAAGUACAAUCCCCCAGACCAUGAUGUGGUUGGCAUGGCACGCAAAUUGCAGGACGUGUUUGAGAUGCGUUUUGCCAAAAUGCCUGAUGAGCCAGAGGAGCCCGUCUCUGUUCCCACCCCAUCAUCGGCCCUCCACCCUGCCCCCUCCAAUCGACAAGCCCCGCCUCCUUCUGCUGUCUCGGACGACGAUAGCUCCAGUUCCUCUGAAUCGGAGUCCUCUGGAGGAGACUCAGAACAAGAAAGGCAACAGCGAUUGGCUGAGUUACAGGAACAGCUUAAAGCUGUCCAUGAACAGCUAGCAGCACUUUCCCAGCCCCAGGCCAUCAAGCCCAAGAAGAAAGAGAGGGAGAAGAAGGAGAAGAAGAAAGAAAAGCACAAGAAGAAGAUGGGAGCAGAGGAACCUGUGGAGACACCUCCCUCUGUGAUGCUUCAGACUUCUAAGAAAAACAAGAGCAGCAAGGAACCAAUCAUUGCAAAGAAGGAAAGGAAAAAGCCCGGUAAGAAAGAAGGAGUUAAAAAUAGCCGCCCAGCUGUGCCCCCGCAGCCUGGGCCAACCCCUCUGGUCCCCUCUGCCUCUCUUGAAGCAGAGGAUGACAUAGAUGAAUUUGGGGGGGUUUCCACCGACAAGUGCAAGCCAAUGUCAUACGAGGAGAAGCGCCAGCUGAGCCUGGACAUCAACAAGUUGCCCGGUGACAAACUGGGCCGUGUCGUGCACAUAAUCCAAACACGUGAACCUUCGCUGAAAAACUCCAACCCGGAUGAGAUCGAGAUUGACUUUGAGACACUGAAACCCUCCACGCUGAGAGAGCUGGAGAAGUACGUCUCCAGCUGCCUCAAGAAGAAGAAAAAGCUGUCAGUAGAGAAGCCUCUGGAAACCACAAAUGUGACAAAGAUGAAGACAGGAUCCUCAUCUUCAGACAGCAGCGACUCCUCUGAUAGUGAAGACUCUGAGAAUGGGCUGGUUCCCAAGCAGCAGAAGAAGACCUCGACCAACAAAGACACCAAGAGGCUGCACCACCAGUCCAUCAAUAGCGGACUGGGUCCAGUCGCUUCCCAGCCUCAGAUUCAGCCUCAGAUUCAGCCUCAAGUGGUCCAGUCCAAACCAUCAUUUGUCUCCCCUCCACCUAUAACCGUGUCUGUUCCGUCUCUGGACUCCUCCCAGCUGUUGGCCUCUGGAUUUGAUCCUCUGGCUCACUUUAUGAACCCUCACCUGACUCAGUCGAAUACAGAGCCCAAUCCAACCAUUACUACUGCCGGUGUCUCUGUUGUGUCUGGCCUCCUCAAUGCAAACACGCCGACUGUCCAGGCGCACACUGAGACGCACCCUUUCUUAAACCAACAUCCCAUCAUACCUUCACCAGCGAUCCACAAUGCUCUUCCCCAGCAACCAUCAAGACCUAGCAACAGAGCAGCGCCACUUCCUCCAAAAAUCCCACAGCCUCCCCCCGUCCUCACUCCCCUCCCACCUCCAUCCCCCUCACCCCAGCUUCAGCCCUCACUUCCACUCCCUGUACCCGAGCCCGUCGCCCGCCCCCGCGUCCCUUCACCCCCAUCGCAUGGCAUCUUGGGUACCCUCUCGGCACAACCUCCCCAAGCCCUCCUAGAGGACGACGAAGAGAUGACGCCCAACAGCUCUGACAUCAUUCCCCUCAGUCAAGUUCACACCUUGUUGCAGUCGCUCCAGGCUCGACCCACCCCGCAGCCGCUACAUGCGCACACACAUUCACCAACGCAGGGCGCCUCUCAGAUGGUUCCAUCGAUGCACACGCAGGCUGUGGCAACGUCCAUCCCUGCCCUGACACAGAGGCACAGCUCAGGCCAUGCGCAUAUGCGGCAGCCGUUCCCACACCCACACAUGUCAACAUCGCAGCAGCAGAAGGGGGUGGCCCUGCAGCAGAAGGUACAACAGAUGCAGCAACAUCAACAGCAGCCAUCACCACGCAGCAAAGCAGAGCCUUUCUCAACAGGUUGUCUGCAUGAGAGCCCUUCUCCCCUGAUGAUGCAUUCUCCACAGAUGCCUCCGUUCCAUACAAUGGGACAGCAGUCACCCCCACAGACCAAGAAACAUGAGCAGAGAUCCAACAUGGUGGCGGUCAAAAAAGAGAAGCCUUCACUGUCGCCAGUUCUGCCCCCCUCGCCCUUCAGCCCGGCCAUGCGUCAAGACACACACAAAUCUGACACCAAACACAGAUCAGAUCUGAAGUCAUUGGAUGGUUCUCGCCCUGGUUCCCGCCUCCCAGACUCCCCAGCACCACCCUGCUCCCAGCAAGACAACAAAAUUAAGCAAGAGCCCAAGACUCCUAUCGCUGCCAAGAAGACUCAGGAUGUGAAGUUAAAGAACAUGGGUUCUUGGGCUAGCCUGGCUCAGAGGUCCCAGUCCACGCCGGCCUCCUCUGUGCGCUCCUCCAGCGACAGCUUCGAGCAGUUCAGAAGGGCCGCCAGGGAGAAGGAGGAGCGAGAGAGACAGCUGAAAGCACAGGCUGAACAGGCCAGGAGAGAGCAGGAAAAGCUACGCCGUGAUGACGACGACACCAUGGAACACACUCGUCGAGCGCAAGAAGAUGCCCGCCGUCGCCAGGAGCAACAGUCACCGCUUGCUCCCACACCCCCAGCUUCCACCCCGCCCACUCACUCCCCACAGGCCCCACCCACACAGCCACAAGCCCCACCCCCAUCCUCCACACCUGCACAGAAUGCUCUCGACCAGAGGGAGAUGGCACGCCGCCGCGAGCAGGAGAGGCGCAGGAGAGAGGCGAUGGCUGACACCAUUGACAUCAACUUCCAGAGCGACCUGAUGGCCAUUUUCGAAGAGAAUCUGUUCUGAGAGGGAAAAAGCAGAUGAUGGGAGUGAGAGAAGGACCUGUAGACACACACAAGCAAAUUCACAAACAUGCAUAUAAACCACGAUGCUCUGAUACACAUGGUCGCUGCUCACAAAGAUGCGCACACACACACACUCACACACACACAGACUUGAUAGUAACUGUCCCUUUCUCUCAGUAGUUGAAACAGCUGGCUUGUGUCAUGUGAAUGAGAGGGGGGGAAGUGAAAUUGAAAUAAGCAACCCUCUUUUCCUCCAACCUCAGAUACGUUUUGGUGUCUGGCUUGGUGUUUAUGGUUGUUGGGUCUGGGUCUCCAUGGACGACCGGUCGAAGACACAGUGAAAUAGUCAGAUAGUCGGCUCCCUCAAGAAAAACUAGAAAGGCAGAAUGAAAAGGAGGGAACGGAACUUUUACAUUUAAAAAAUAAAUAAAAUAAUGGCUGUGAAGAGGAGGAGUUUAAUUUAAAAAAUAAAUUGAAAAAACAUUUUCUGUAAUGUCUGAGAGGAGAGAAGGGGAGGGGUUAAAAGGAACGGGCAAACAAAUUACAAAUGGACAGAUCAUUUUGUUUGUGUUUUUUCCUUUCUCCUAAUAUUGUCUUUUUAAUUUUUAUUAUAUGUUGGAUUUUAACUGGGAGGGGUGGUGUGGUCUAGUUUGUCAGGUUCAGCUGCAAUCUGAGACACUGUUGUUUUCUCAGGACACAGUGCGAACGCAACAUCCCGGCCACAUUCACACACUUUUCUAAGACAUCCUUCCUCCCUUCCCUUCCUUCUAAUUUUCUCUCUUCAGUCACUAAUUGGAGAGGUGGGGGGUUCAGUGAUGGCGAGGGCGAUGAGGAAGGAACGAUGGCAUUUUAAAAGUUUCAGAGUGUGUCCUUUGCCUUAGCGCUCUGGCCUGUAAACUAACAAUCAUACCCUUCAAAUUAUACAUAUUAUAUAUAAAUAGAUACGUGAAUAUAUAUUAUAUACGACGAAAAGUCAACAAAAAAGAACAUGAGAGGAAUUUGGAUUUCGUGGAGCAAAGCUUGUCUCUGUGUUCAUCUCUGAGCUCUGGUUUUGAUUUUGUAGAAUUUACUGUAAAGAAGAAAAAAACUUUUUUAUUCUAUCGAGAGGAUUGUUUCGUCUGUUUUAUUCUCUCUCUCAUACAUUUUCAGUUUUUUUUUGGGGGGGCGGGGGGUUCUCGACUCUAUGCCAAAACCAAUCUAUUGAGUGCUGAAAGUUCAUUCACAUUUUUUACAUGUAAAAUGCAUUUUCUUUUCACUUUAUAUUAAAGGCUAUGUUUUUAUUGCUAUUUAAUUUUCCUUUAUCCCCUUUUAAAAAUGUUAUGCAGCAGUGUGCUCUGUAAAUGUGUGAAGAAGCGGUUCCCAAAUCACUGUAUGUCACAACUUUACUAGGCCCCAUCAUUCUGUAGCUGUUCAAUAUCUGCACUUCACCAUUUCAUUACUUACUUCUUUAUUUUAUUUGAAUUUUUAUUAUUUCCUUUCAUCAAUGUACAUGUUUUUAGUCUUUCUUAGCCAUCUCAUCCACCACUAUCUUCCUCACAGUUCGACAGUCUGUGUAAUAGAUUCUUGUUUGUCAUCUUGUCUUUUAGUUUUUAGUUUUAAAAUGUUUUCAUCGUUCAUGGUAACUGCUUUGGGAUGUCGUGUGCCAUCGUGUUUUUACUGGAAGCAGGAGGUUUUCCUGGUUCCCUUAGAUUGGCCCAGAGAUCUGUGAGUGUCGAUUCUAUAAUCCCUUUUUUUUAUGUUUUAUUUCUUUUCCCUUUUCAUAUUUGAUUGUUUUGAGUUUAUUUUGUUUUCUUUUCCCUUUGCUAUUUUUCUCUGAUUAUUUUACCCAGAACAACCCGUUGGUAUGUUGGUGAGUGAGGCAUUGAGGUCAAUAGAUUCAUCUUGUUCAGAUUAUGGAGUACAACAUCUUUUUUUUAAGAAAAGUAUUAAAAUAUAUUUUAAAAAAUCAUGAA